AUGCCAAGGGGUGCACAAGGCCCCAUAGAGCUGCUGAAGCAGCAGCGUUUGCCUGCUUGGCAGCCCAUUCUUACACCUCUAAGUGUUGCAGUAGCCUUUUUUAUUUUAGGCGUUAUCUUCGUUCCUUUAGGUGUACUCAUUACGCUAACGAAUCAACGCGCAAAGGAAUUAAGCGUUCGUUAUGAUCAUGUUCAGCGCUGUACGAGUACGCAUAAUACAGGUGCCUUCACUUAUACAGGUAACGGCAUGACGCUUCGCACCGGGUGUAUAACAGAGGUAUACUUUGAGCUUAGGGAAAGGCUCGUGGCACCGGUAUACCUUUACUAUGAACUAACCAAAUUUUACCAGAAUCAUAGACGGUAUUCAAAGUCGCGAAGCGAUGCCCAAUUGGCUGGUGCUGUCGUGAGAGAUAUACCUGAUGCUUCACCUCUUGUGACGCCAGGGGAAAUUAAGGGUCUCUCUGGGACCUCUAUUCGCUACAUGGAUGGUUUGAAUUUGAAAUACAAGGAUUUUGUGUAUGCCCCAGCCGGUCUUAUUGCAUGGUCUAUGUUUAAUGAUACGUUUACUCUUUACGCAGAGGACAACGAAGGUGGAGUGGCACGACAACUCAUCUGCAACACAACUGAUUUUUCAAAGGCAACGAAUCUCCCUCUUAAAGGCUCGACAUCACAAAACAUGUGCACCAAGAAAGGGAUUGCGUGGGAUACAGACGUGGCAUACAAGUACAAGGCACCAAACUUGGACGCGGAUUGUCGCUUUUGGACGGCGGCACGAGAGUUGUACACUGGCAACGUAUCAACUAAGGCUCUAUCCAAUGACACCUUUUUCAACAAGGGGUGGUACGCAGGUGAAUUGGGCCACACCAUCCCUGUGACGACAGAUGAGGACCUAAUGGUGUGGAUGCGUCCAGCCUCGCUUCCAACUUUUCGAAAGCUGCAUCGUGUUAUUCACACAGAUCUCCCGCCUGGGAGAUAUUUGAUGUUGAUUGGGGAACACUUUGAUGUCUCCUCUUUUGGUGGCACAAAAUCCUUUGUAUUGGCCACACUAUCUUGGUUGGGAGGGAAGAACGUAUGGCUGCAGGCGUUGUACCUUUCAACGGGUGGGUUUUCCGUGAUUUUUGCUGUUGUGUUACUGUUGGUACAUCGGUUUUGUGGCGACCGUGCCUCAAAGGCCAUUGACGCGUUGAUCCGAAAAUGA